GCUAUGGGCUUACUGUGACUGAGACCUGGAGAUUCUUUCUUAAUCCUAAAAGCAAAAAGACUAAUAAGAGAAAGUUAGACUGAGAGAGAAAGUAAGGAAAGAAACAAAACUUUUCCAGGGAGAUGGAAAACUGAUCGUGUCCAACACAUUGAAACUUUAGUUGGGAGAAAAAGAGGAGCAAGGACAAGCCUGAGGAUACUACUGAUUAUGUUGCCAUGGAAACCGAAACCUGGAAGCGGACGCAAGGACCACUGAAGGUGGACAACCUCCCUUGACUGCAUCCUCGACACAUAACUGUCCCGCUGCGCCCUGUGGUGAGAGAAUGCUGUGGAGAAUAACUAUCCCAGUCAUACUGGCUGGGGUGCUCUGCAUCCCCGCAGAGACCAAAAAGCAUCGGCCCCAGGGAUCCAUCCCGUCCCCGUAUAAGACCAAAGGGAACCUGUCCUCAGAACGUCACCACCGGCUAUUGCAGCAGAAACCAGAGGUGCUAUCUUCCAGCCGCGAGGCAUUGGUAGUGACAGAGCGCCGCUACCUCCGCAGAGACUGGUGCAAGACCCAACCUCUCCGUCAGACAGUCAGUGAAGAGGGCUGCCGCAGCCGCACUGUGGUCAACCGUUUUUGCUACGGUCAAUGCAACUCCUUCUACAUCCCCCGCCAUAUGGGCCCCAGCUCGGGUCAGCCCCAGAAUCGAGGCCAAGCCUCAGGCUCUGGAAGGAAAAGCCACAACAAGGCCCAGGAGCCGUUCCAGUCCUGCUCCUUCUGCAGGCCACACCGCAUCACACAGCUCACAGUGAAGCUAGACUGCCCAGACCUGCAGCCCCCUUUCAGACACCGUAAGGUGCCGAGGGUCAAACAGUGUCGCUGCAUGUCUGUGGAUGUGAGCGGCCACGGGAAACUGUGAAGAGGGACUUGAAAGGUCAUCAUAUGACAUCAUAUGAAUAUUAUAAAAGACAGAAAUUUACAAACUUUGCCAAAGAAGGACUGGCUUCAAGUUGAACUAUUCUGCAUCGUGUUGUACAAAUAAAGGCUUGUCCCACAAUAAAAGGACAUGAAA